AUGCCAGCCGUCCCCCACGUUCGCGUAGGCGUUGCAGCAUUCGUCCUCCGCGCUCCAAACGACUCCCUAUUGAGCUCAUUCAUUUUGAUGGGCAAACGUCUUGGAUCCCACGGAUCUGGCACAUGGGCCCUCCCAGGCGGGCACAUUGAGCAUGGUGAGACUUUCGAAGAAUGUAUCACACGCGAGAUCAUGGAAGAAACCGGAUUGAGCGUGAAGAAUGUGAGGUUUUUGACAGCGACGAAUGAUAUCAUGCCGGUGGAGGCAAAGCAUUAUGUAACGAUAUUCAUGGUUUGCGAGAGAGAGGCUGCGAAUGGGGCACAGGAGAGGGAGCCAGAGGUGAAGGAGCCAGAGAAGUGUGAAGGUUGGAAGUGGUCUGAAGUUGCCAAUCAUCUUGGUAUCCAGAUUGCGGGUCGAUGCAUAUGUGACGUUGUCUGGAAGACUUUGUGUGAUCUGCUCCACCUGAAUGGUGGCUGGCGCAGAGUAAAAGGUCAGAUUGCUGUCAGGCUCGAUGUUGGGCUGGUAGCUGAAGUCCAGAGAUGGAUACCAGUGAGUCCUACCGGCGCACUCCACAUUUUGGAAGGAGGCGAUUGUGUCGAUUCGCUGGAAACAACUGGAGCUAUUGGCCCUGACGAAGGUCUCAAAGUAGUUCCGCUUGUUCUCCGAGCCAGUGAAGUUCUUGGACUUCGUAUCAUUGAAGCUAUAGAGACCGUAGAAAGUUUCCGGGGCGACGAUUUGAGGAGCGCAGCAGUUGUCAUCUGGACAGUCAGCGCUGACUUGAGCCGAGAGGAGAGCAAGUGCUCCAGUGAUGACGGCGAGCUUUGA